CACAGGGCUGGUAUUUAAGUCCGAUCCUCCUCCCAGACUUCAUCAGUCUGCUGCAGGGGAGAAUAACAAGAGCGACAGGAACCAGUACUACUGACAAACAUGCCUGUGGAAACUUCAGCCACAUUCUCUCUUCUCCUGCUUAUUAUCUCAUUGACAGCAGGCCAGGACUGUUCCCAGCCCUGUGCCUGCUCUGCAGAGCCCCCCCUCUGCCCGCUGGGCACCAGUCUGGUCCUGGAUGGCUGUGGCUGCUGUAAGGUGUGUGCCAGGCAGCUGGGGGAGCCCUGCUCCCUGCUGGAGCCCUGCGACCAUCACAAGGAGCUCUACUGUGACUACACUCUGCUGAGUGACAGUGAGACUGGCAUCUGCAUGGCUCAGGAGGGUCAGACGUGUGACCUGGGGGGCCGGAUCUACCGCAGCGGGGAGUCCUUCCAUCCCAGCUGUAAGCACCACUGUGUGUGUAUGAACGGAGAGAUCGGCUGUGUGCCGAUGUGUGCUAGCGACGUCCUGCUGCCCUCCCCUGACUGCCCGUACCCCCGCCGGGUCCACAUCCCUGGGCGUUGCUGUGAGGAGUGGCUGUGUGAGCAGUCGCCUCCGGACCGCCACUACCAGUCAGUGCUGGCCGGAGCCUCUCAGAUUCGUCCCUUGCCCUCUUCCAAUCCCGCCUCAGUCUUCAGACGAGUGUCUCCUCAUGGACCACAGGCAGAGAGUCCCAGAGAUAACUGUAUCGUCCAGACUACAGAGUGGAGUGAGUGCUCGGCCACCUGCGACAUGGGCGUCUCCUCUCGCAUCACCAACGACAACCAGCGCUGCCAGCUGGAGAGGCAGAGCAGGAUCUGUAUGCUCCGACCCUGCAGCAGCCAGCAGCACAAAGACAUCAAGAAGGGGAAGAAAUGUGUCCGGACGCCAAAGGCCCAGCAGGGGAUGCGCUUCGAGCUGUCGGGCUGCUCCAGCGCCAGGCUGUACAAACCAAAGUUCUGCGGUGUCUGCACAGACAAUCGCUGCUGCACGCCGCACACCACCAUCACAGCCCCGGUGGAGUUCCACUGUCCAGAGGGAGAGGUCUUCACCAAGAACAUGAUGUUCAUCAAGACCUGCUCAUGCCAUCAUGACUGUCCACACAGCAAUGACAUCUUCCUGGCGUCCAACACUCGGAGGAUGAUUGGAGACUAUGAUAAUGAUAUGUGAUGAAAGGUUACACAACAACCCCACACACACACACACACACACACACACACACACACACACACACACACACACACACACACACACACACACAAAUCAGGACUGCACCAUUCUAACACCCAACUCUACCCUAAACCCUUACAACUACACAUCUAACCUUCGGUGUAAUCCAACCUUAAAGUAAAAAGUAAGUAAUUCAUUACUUUUUCAGAGAGAUAAAAAAAACAUUUUUUCAACACAAUUGAAAAGACGAGUAGUCAUCCAGCCAGUGUUGCUAUUGGGAUGUUGGUCUGGAAAACAUCCACAGAGAGGCGAUUCAACUCGAUUAAUCAAAUUGAACCUAGCUAACCCCAAUCCAGCCAAGAUUUACACAAAUUAGUCUGGAGGACAUUCAUCAUUAGAUCUUGACUCAUCUUGGACAUUACAUUUUGGCGAAACAAUGAGGGGGUUGAGAGAGUCAGUGUCAGUGGGGGUCUGGGGCCUUCUUAACUUCUUCACCAAACCCAGUUGGGGUAGUCCAGCUGCCAGGUCUGGUCAACAGUUAUACAGAGAAAUGUAUCAUGAAGUAACAAAGAUUAGUAUGUAGUUUGUAGCUUGUACUUUUCCAUAACAUUCCCAUGUGAUAACAGGGAGUUGCAUAACACCUCUGUUCAAAACUGUUGUUGGCAUCAAUGGAAGGAGAAAGAUGGAGGACAUUCAUUGACGCCAGAGACCAUUUCCAAACAUAUACAACCAGGGGUUAAAGUGUGCCGGAACGAUCCAGAACUGCGUUCUAGCACUGUUAAAUAAUAAUUAAAUUAUUCCAAUUGGCAUAUUAAAGUGCUCAUAUUAUACUUUUUGGCUUUCCCCCUUUCCUUUAUAGUGUUAUAUAUCUUG